AGUAAUAUCUAUAGAUUGAAUCCGAGCAACAAUUCUAUAUACUGUUAUGAUAAAUUGGUUUACUUGAAAGAUGAAGAAAUUUAAAGAUGAUGACUUUUAAAAUAUAUAUCAUACUGAACAUACUCGUUUGCAUAAAAGGCGCACCAAAUAAAACUUGCAACAGUAUAAAAAUUCAGGAUCGAUGGUACGAGAAGGAGAUCCUCUGGGCCAAUUUGGGUCGACCUUUUAACCUCUACGCUCAUAAAACAUCAAACAAAGUAUUCUUCAGUUACACUGUACCAGAAACAUAUUCAGACGUUGAUUUCCAACUAGCGUAUAUCGAUUUAGAGACCAGAGAGUUUCAAAAUAUAGCUGGAAUUAGAGGCGGCUGUUCCGUAGCGAUAGACCAAGGUAACGAUGAAAUAUAUCUCGGUGGAAGCGACGGUAUUUAUAAAUACAACAUGAUGACUAAAUUAGCUGAUUUCUAUAAAGAAUCUGGUAAAAAUAUCUGGGCUCUGUUCUUUAGAAGGAAUCUCUUUUACAUCAGUUAUCCUGAUCAGAGAUUACAUAUAGAAGUCGAUGGAAAAUUCGCUGUGGUUAAGGAAUUUGAAAACUUCGAAGUGGACCAUUUCCAUGUAACUGUGGACCAUGAGAAUAUUUACUUCGCUAAUAAGACUGGCUUUUAUAAUUAUGAUAAUGAUAGACUUAGAGUUAACGUUAUCAAUGAUGUGAUGACUGUCAGACAGAUAUCCGAAGAUAACGAUGGUGAUUUAUACGUUUGCACUAAUUUAGGUGUUUUUAUAGAUUUAAAGAAUGAAGGAUUUAAAAAAGUACUAGAUUUCAAAAACAUCUACAGUUUGACAUUCGAUAAAGAUAAUAAUGUUAUAGUUUCUGAUGAGAAGAGAAUAAUUAAAUUAAAGCAUACCACAACUGGUUGUCCAGAUAAUGUAAGCACACACUGGUGA